CAUUCUCAAAUAGUCCCACAGUUUCCUACAUCAAUAAAAUACUCAAAUUAUUUGCCAGAGAAAAAGGAGAUUUUUACUGUUUGGAUAAUUAAUUAUAUCAAAAACAUAAUAGGUGAGAAAAUUCACAACACCUUUAAAUUCCACUGUUUCCCUUCCAUUUUUGAUCACACUUCUUCAAAAAUGCCAAUUAACCACUGGCUAUCUCCGGAGCUAAAAACCCAAUCGAUCCCUACCACCGCCGCCAGUUUCUGGCCCGCAGACGCCGUGCUCCGCAGCCAGAGCACGGCGUUCUGCCUCAGCCUCAAAAAUGAAGACGAGGAUGAGCUUGUGAUCGAGGAUCCGGCGGCGGUGGCGAUGGAAGACGGUGCACAAAUCCAGGUGUCGAAAGAGCCGUUGUUCGAGAAGCCGUUGACGCCUAGCGACGUCGGGAAGCUGAACCGGUUAGUGAUACCGAAGCAGCAUGCGGAGAGGUACUUCCCCUUGAACGGCGGCGUGGAGAAGGGGCUGCUGCUGGGCUUCGAGGACGAGGCCGGGAAGCCGUGGCGGUUCCGAUACUCAUAUUGGAAUAGCAGCCAGAGCUACGUGCUGACCAAGGGUUGGAGCCGCUUCGUGAAAGAGAAGAGGCUCGAUGCCGGUGACAUCGUCCUCUUCGCUCGCCACCCCAACGACCUCGGCCGCCUCUUUAUUGGAUGGCGGCGGAGGAGCGGGCAAGAGCCUGCUGCUCCUCCGCCACCGUGUGUCGGUGGUUGGAGUGGCCAGCUUUACUCUGCUAACCACUCCUCUAAUUCUUCUGCAUCGUACACUGGUUGCCCUCAUGCAGAGAAUAAUGUAAAAGAAAGAAAUGGGAAUUCGAAGAGGUUGAGAUUAUUCGGGGUGAACUUAGAGUGGGAGGAGGAGGAAUCGACUUCGGGUUCGGGGAAGGGUCAAGUUGAGGAACAGGCAUACCAUGAGUACUACUCGAGCCAUCGUCGAGCCGGUCACACAGUAAGCUACGGCGUGUGAUUCCACAAAUAUUUAAGAGAGUUGGUGGUGGUGGAGAUGUGACUGGUACAAUUUCCUAGUUUAAUUUAGUUGUUGUUUCCCUUAAUCAAACAGUCACGAUUUCUGCACAUAUAGAUGGGAAUUAUAUUGUGGAACAAUUACUGCCUUUAAUUUAGAUAAAUUAUUUCUGCUCAAA